UCCGGGAACUCGGCCAGAUAACACGAACUUCCUUUAAUUUUCUGAGACAUGGAUGCCGAUAUAAAUGAGACACGGCACACUUCGAACCCACGACUGCCCUGUCAAUACGUGGACGAGGCACUGAGCACUUCUUAAAAACCUCAUAACUUCGCGAGCACCGUUGCAAAACGCGUUAGCAGAGAUGAAAGAGAUCAUAGGAAUAGCGAUGGUUCUCGUUAUCCUGAGAGUUCAUGGGGAGACCACAAAUAAAGGACAUUGUGCGGAUGGCAAAUGCUUCACUAUCCACACGGACAAGGCGAGUUUUACCACAGCGCAACACGCUUGUGAAAAGAAAGGCGGACAUUUGAUGACCGUUCGCAAGGACACGACGAGCGAUAUACUGGCGGAUUUACUGAACGCCGCUCCCGGAGACUUUUGGCUCGGACUGAGAUACGCCGGUGAUCGGUGUUCCAACUCAACUCUUGGGUUAAAGGGAUACAAGUGGAUCACCGGAGACAACACAACUCAAUACAUCAACUGGAAAAGCAGCCAGAUGGCCUGUUCCCCACAAUGUGUGUCAGUGUCAAAGAACGUUCUAAAAUGGAACGAAAGACAAUGUCGUGAGCAAAUUGACGGAUAUUUGUGCGAAUACAAGAAUGCCGACUACUGUGAUCCGUUGAGUUCGAGCCAACCAGUCUUAUAUGAAACGUUGCUUGGCUUUAGGACAGAUGGGAAACUCAAGGAGAUUCCUGAUGGAACCAAUGGAACCAUUCUGCCGUUUGGAACGCGGUUUAUCUGUUUAUCCAGAACAUGGAUUGCAGCACCUUGGAGUUGUGAGGUGUUUGGUGGUGGUUGUGAUUAUAAGUGCGUUCGGAACGAACAAAGCUACACGUGCAGAUGCCCAGAUGGCUAUACAAUCGAUGCCAACAAUGUCACUUGCACCAAACAGGAUGACCCAUGUUUGCUUGCAUGCGAACAUACGUGCUCAAGAGUUGGCGACACAUUUGUGUGCAUCUGUCGCCAGGGCUUUGAGCUGGAUGGAGAUAUGAAGUCGUGCAAAGACAUUAACGAUUGCAUUGAUGAAAGUGUGUGUCAGGGUCCGAACGAGGAGUGUGUCAACCAAAUAGGUAGCUUUGAGUGUCGAUGUAAACCCGGGUUUGAGAGGGUCAAUGGCUUUUGCGUUGACAUUGACGAAUGUUCUAUGCCUGGUUCUGUGAAAUGUGAUCACGAGUGCGUCAACGAUGAUGGUGGCUAUCACUGUGAAUGCUACGAAGAAUUCAUACAGUCAAAAGAAGACAUGCAGAAAUGCAUUAGGAACUGUUCGGACAAAUGCACUCCCAUUUGUGACCCCAAUAAUAGCGCUCAUUGUGAAUGUCCGGAAGGUUAUCUCCUUGAAGACGAAAAAGUUUGCGUUGAUAUAGAUGAAUGCGACAAUGGCAACUGUGACCAAGGAUGUUACAAUACACUUGGUGGAUUUGAAUGUUUUUGCUAUGAUGGAUUCGAGCUUGUAGAGAAAGUCAACUGUGUGAGGAAAGACUUCAGCACUUCUACGACUUUUGACAUUUUUAUACCUACCAGCGGAUCCCCAACCGUCCAGCCAGUGCCACUCUCAGCUGGCAACCUGCUGGCAAUAAUGAUCUGCACUGUUAUGUCUGUUCUUGUACUGGUGUGCGUCACUCACUACAUGAUGAGACGUCGAAACAAAAUGCAUCAUCAUGAUGUAUACAAAGGCCAAUAUGACAACAGCGACUUUCAACAGGUGAUCAUUGAAAAAAACAAACAAACAGGUAUUUAAAACGAGACAGCUAAAAUCGGACUUGACUCAUACUGUACAAUGGUGAUUGCAAAUGUAUGUUGGCCUAUUUUAGAUUUAUAUAAAUAUGUAUUAUGUUUUAUUUUGAACAUAUCCUGUUUUGGAUGUAAACUUUAUUUAAUGACUGAAGCAUGCAUUGCACACAUUUGAAGAAGCAUUCAAUGUCAGUAUUCCUGAAUGGUGUUGUGUGAAGAGAAUAAAAGUAUUAUUU